AGUCAGCGAAAAUUGGCAAAAUGUGGAACAAACCGUAUAUGGGAAUAAUAAUUUUGUGUAUGCUAGCCAGCGGUGGAAGAGCCGUACCCACCGAUUUGGCCAGAUACUCUCAGUUGGGACAAGUACCGUUGACGGCAGCCAACAACAGCGUGGUGUCCACCACUGAUCAUUUGGGUCUCCUGCAGGAGACGUCCUCGGUAGCUCCUGACUUCGAAUACUCACUACUGGGCGAGGAUCCGCAGGAUCAGCAAUGGUUUCGCGUCAGUCUUACUCCGAAAACCAACAAAACUGGCUACCGCGCACAGUUUGCCACUCGAAAACAUCCGCCCUUUAAUUCGCAAGUGGCCCACCGGCAUGAUAAAACUAUUCAGGAUCUGCUUAACUGGCUGGACCGUUCCGAGGAUCAGAGUUUGUGGAAAGUUUAUCGUGAUCUCUUGGAGUACACACCACAGGCACAGUCAUCCAGCCAGGAGUAUCCUAAUGGCAACGUAAUCGAAAAAGCGAAGAAGUCGUCCCAGAAGCAGAAAUGUCAUAGGCGCAAUCACCGACUGCUCCUGGUGGAUGAAGAUGGAACCAGUACCACGACAUCAUUACCACCAAGUAAGGACCAAACGCAACCGACACAUGAGUUGGUUUAUUUCAUAAGGGAGCCUAAGUAAGCCCAAAGAAAUAGCAGUUCUAAAGACGUAAUAUUCGGGUUUAUAAUAUUUAUUAAUACAUUAUAAAGACAAGUUUAC